AACAUAUGAGCGAAGCAGCCGAAACGAAAUUUUUCUGAGAUAUUUUUUCAUAAUUUUUUUCAAAAUAUAAGCACAAGUGCGGGGAAAAUACAUAUCAUAGUCAAUUUUAAAAAAAUUCUUUUUUAGUUAAAACACAGUUUUUUUUUUGUUUAGCCUGUUAUCAACUAAGCGGAGUUAACGAAAAAAGGGACUUCCCUAGAUUAAAAAGCAACUCUACUCACGGAGCAGCUAUUGUACGCUUAUUAUAUAUUUUCUGUGAUGUGUUAAAGUAAUUUAUUGCGACGAGAUUGUGUUUACAAUUGCCUCCUUUUUGAUUUAACUUUUUAUAACUGUAAAAGCACGAACGCAAAAAAUACGUGGCAUUUAAAAUUUCGACCAAAUAAAAGUACAUAAAAACAAAGCAGUCUUUAGAAAAUAUGCCUACUGUGCCCCAGAUUUUUUUGGGAGUCGCCAUCGGUCUACUAGGCGCAUUUUAUGUUUUGCUUUCUUCAAAUCGACGCCAUGCUAUAGGCCACGGUAAAAACUCAUCAUAUUUUGAAGAUCCCGAAAAUUCAGUAUGUAUGAUCUGUCAAGAGGAAAUGGUGAACGACGACAUCCAAUAUCUUUCGUGUGGCCAUGCUUUGCAUUCUGUUUGCUGGAAUGAAUGCAAACGAAGACGUAUGGCAGAUAAAUGCCCUCUAUGCCGGAAGGACCUCUAAUCUGUAAAUGCAGACACGUGUGCAUACGUUGCCUCUAUACAUCAAAAGAAAUCAAUUGAGAUGAAGACUUUU